AUGAGAAUAUUUCCACAAGUGCCCCGAACCACAUGGUGGUAUGUGGUGAAAUAUUCAAGCAUUGCCAUAUUCGUGAUUUUGUGUAUGAUUCUAUUCAGAGGUGGUGAUCAGAGUGGUGAUUCUUAUUGGUCUAAUACGAUCGAUGAUGCAUCACGUGUUGUUGCACCAGUAUCAUCAUUAUCUUUUCUUUUCACAUCAUCAUCAUCAUGGACAUCUGGGAAGUCUUUUUCACCAUCACCACCCAAAUUAUUCCAUCAUCAUCCAUAUGAAACUACAAGCACCACCACUCGAACCACCACUCUGACCAAUACCAACAUGACCACUCUGACCACUCGAACCACCAAUACCAACAUGACCACUCUGACCACCAAUACCACCAAUACUUUAUUCUCAACAACAACAACAACAACACUCUCUCAACAACCUCUUGUCGGUGAUGGUGAUGAUGAUGGUAAUACUAAAAUUUGUCAUAAAAUUUCAAAUUAUGAACUUGAUCAAUGUGAAUAUGUGAAAGAAAAUUGUCCAAAUCCAAUGGGUGGUGGUAUGAUUAAUUAUUUAAAUAUUAGAUAUUGUGGAUUGAAAAAUGCAAGUUGGUUAUUCUUUGUAUUGAGUAUUGUUUGGAUAUUGAUAUUAUUUUACAUGUUAUCCAAUACAGCUGAAGUGAAUUUCUGUCCAGCACUUACAGAAAUUUGUAGAAUUUUGAGAUUAUCACCUGAUGUUGCAGGUGUGACAUUUUUGAGUUUGGGAAAUGGUGCUCCUGAUAUUUCAAGUAUUAUUGCUGGUGUGUUUUCUGGAUCGACAGGUUUUGGAGUUGGUGAACCUAUUGGUGCUGGAGUUUUUGUCACAUCUAUGGUCAUGUCAGCUGUGAGUCUAUUCUCUAAUGCCAAAGUAAUUCCAUUUCCAUUUUUGAGAGAUUGUAUUGCCUAUUUAAUUAGUGUCUCCUAUGUCAUGUUUAUGGUUAUUUUCAAUGGAUCUAUUAAUUUAUGGCAAAGUAUUAUUUGUCUAUUAAUUUAUGCGAGUUAUGUCUCUUUUGUGAUUUUAUCAAGAACAUUUAUUACAUGUUACCAAAAAUAUAAAAAGAAAAUACCAUUGAAUGACAAUGAAUAUGAUUCAGAUGAAGUACAAGAUGGUGGAGAUGGAUGGAAAAUUGGUAAAGCACCUAAUUUUGAAAUGCAAAUUAACAAAAUUUCUGAUUUGAAUGAAAUUGUGAAAAAGGAAAUUAUUGAAGGGCAAAAACAUGGUUUUUUUGGAACUGUUUUUUAUCCAAAAGUAGGAAUGGUUCAUUUACAUCACAAACAUGAUGAUCAUAACAGCAAUAACACUACGACAGACCUUUUACAUCAUGAAACAAACUCUCCAAGAUUUGAACAAGAUGAAAUUCCAUCCAAUAGCUCUGUAUUAUCCAAAACUAUAGUUUUACCAAAAAAGAACAACACUGAUCCAUCACUUCCAUCAAAUAGUACACUAUUAUCAGGUCCACUUUCUCUUACCACCAUCACCACCACUACUACUACUCCCACCAACACACACAAGAAUCGUCAAAUGAUGGAAUUUACUGGAUCUCUUAUUAUUUCAGAACAUUUUGGAACCAUUGUGAAUUCUGUAAAUACUUCCGAAAAAGAAGAAGAACAGAUUUCACUACUAUCGAAUAACCAAUCUUCUCACUUGGAACCAUGGCACAUGACUAACAUGUGGAAAUCUCCUGCACUUGUUUCUCUAAAAACAAAAUUCAAACAUGUUUUGGACUAUUUUUUAGAUUGGAUUGAAUGGGAAGAGAAAUCUUUAUUUUCAAAAAUAUUUUUUAUUCUUUUUGAAGGAUGGACGUUAUUGAUUCGAAAUUUGACCAUUCCAAAAGCAGAUCCAGAAGAUUGGAGUAAAUUCUUUGCAUGUAUUUCAAUGAUAUUCAUGCCACCAUUUGCAACAUUUGCAACAGGAUAUAUUACUCUUACACUUCCAAAUACAUCAUUUCCAGUUUGGGCACUCACUCUCAUCAUUGGAUGUGUAUUUUCAUUGAUCAUAUUUUUCACUUCUCGACGAGGAAAACCACCAAGAUAUCAUUUCAUAUUUGUAUUUUUAGCAUUCAUCAUGUCUAUUUUAUGGAUUUACAUUAUUGCUAAUGAAAUGGUUGAUUUAUUAACUUCAUUAGGUGUCAUUCUUCAAGUGAGUGAUGCAAUUCUAUCCAUUACUGUAUUGAGUUGGGGAAAUUCAUUGAGUGAUUUAGUUGCUGAUGUUCUUAUUGCAAGACAAGGAUUUGUUGAGAUGGCUUUGGGUGGUGUUUAUGGAGGACCAUUAUUGAAUUUACUUAUUGGACUUGGUAUUGCAGCAACUUCUUCGAAUAUUAUUAAUGGUACUCCAUUUGUAUUUGAAAAGAAUACCACUGUGUAUGCAUCCUUUUUCUUUUUAAUUGCAUCUCUCUCGAGUGCACUCAUUAUUGUUCCACUGUGUCGAUGGCAUUCUCCAAAAAUAUUUGGAAUCUUUCUUGGAAUGUUGUACUUGUCAUACAUGAUUUUUAGUGCUUUGGUGGAGACUAAAAUUAUUUUUCAUCGAAGUCGUUAA